UUUUCUUAUCUUCUUUUUAAAGAAACCUCUCCUGCCAAACAAAGGAAGCGGAAGGCAUUUCUCUCCGCAGGAGUCAUGCGUGCCAUCAGGAAGCGGUGGACUAUCUGCACGAUAAGUCUCCUCCUCAUCUUUUACAAGACAAAAGAGAUCGCCAGGACCGAGGAGCGCCAGGAGACUCAACGUAGCGGAGAUGGUGACUUAAGUUUAAGUAGAUCAAUGGUCAAUUGCUCUGAUAAAAUGAAUCAAAAGAGCGGGUCUUCGAUAUUCCAGCACUCUGUAGAAAGAUGGAAAAUCAAUUCUUCCUUGGUCCUGGAAAUCAGGAAGAACAUCCUUCGAUUCUUGGAUGCAGAAAGAGAUGUCUCAGUGGUCAAAAGCAGCUUUAAGCCUGGAGAUGUAAUUCACUAUGUGCUAGACAGACGUCGUACACUAAAUAUUUCUCAGGAUCUGCACAGCCUUCUUCCAGAGGUUUCACCAAUGAAGAACCGUCGUUUUAAAACGUGUGCUGUUGUAGGAAAUUCUGGCAUCCUUUUGGAUAGUGAGUGUGGAAAAGAGAUUGACAACCAUGACUUUGUCAUAAGGUGCAAUCUAGCUCCUGUGGUGGAGUUUGCUGCCGAUGUGGGAACUAAAUCAGAUUUUAUUACCAUGAACCCAUCAGUUGUACAAAGAGCAUUUGGAGGCUUUCGAAAUGAGAGUGACAGAGAAAAAUUUGUGCAUAGGCUAUCCAUGCUGAAUGACAGUGUCCUUUGGAUCCCAGCAUUCAUGGUCAAAGGCGGAGAGAAGCAUGUGGAGUGGGUUAAUGCACUAAUCCUUAAGAAUAAAUUGAAAGUGCGAACUGCCUAUCCAUCACUGAGACUUAUUCAUGCUGUCAGAGGUUACUGGCUGACCAACAAGGUUUUCAUCAAACGACCCAGCACAGGAUUACUGAUGUAUACACUCGCUACAAGGUUCUGUGACGAAAUUCAUCUCUAUGGAUUCUGGCCCUUCCCAAAGGAUAUUAAUGGGAAAUCAGUAAAAUAUCAUUAUUAUGAUGACCUAAAGUACCGAUAUUUUUCCAUAGCCAGCCCUCACCGGAUGCCGCUGGAAUUUAAAACUUUGAAUGUGUUACAUAACAGAGGAGCACUUAAAUUGACAACAGGGAAAUGCAUACAGCAAUAAAGCACAAGUGACGUACAAUGAGACGUAUAGGAUAUGGGCUUUGGCAUAUAGAUUUUGUGGAACAGCAGUGGGGCCCAUACAGAGGAGAUACCCCAGUGUGCUGGGCUAAGUUGAUGGAGAACAAGGAAGUGCAUCAAAACUCCAUUUCCAACUCAUGUUUUACCUAUUGAAGUGCUAAUUUUUGAGUGCAAUGGUUCAAGUAAGUGCCACUUCCACUAAGAACAAAGCUUGAAUGUAUAAAAAAAGUAGUGUUUACAAGAUCCAACAAUGCAUUCAUCACUUGUUAAAGAAGCAAAUAGCUGAUUUACUGUUCAACUGCCACCACAGAGUCAAGCAAGAAAAUAGAAGAAACACCCAGGAGGUGAGAUCUGUCCUUAAGGAAAUAUGAUCAUUUGACAAGAAAAAUCAAAACGGAAUUUGUGGUGCAGUGGAUAGCAACAGAAAGAUCAAGAAAACUACAUUCAGUCAGGGAACUGCCUGGCUAUGUAUUAUAUCCUCUUUCUCUCCCUGUUUUUAAAAUUGUAAUUUAUUUUAUAUGGGUACUGGAACCCCUUAAGUGAUUUUGAAAUGAUAAUGUGAACAAUUUAAGUAAUCCUCAAAAAGUGGUCUUAGAAGAUCCUUUUUUUA